AUGUCGAUUGCCAGCCUCGAGACCCAGAAAGCGCAACUAGAAGCAGAGAUAGAAGAAUGCCGAGUCAAACUCAGCCACGACCCCUCGAAAACAGUAAAACGGCACAUCCACCUACUACACGAGUAUAAUGAGGUCAAAGAUGUGGCACAGGGCCUGAUGGGUUUGAUUGCAGAGGCUCAAGGCGUACAGUGCGCCGACGUACAACGGGAAUACGGCGUUCGAGAACAGGAUUAA